CGCAUAAAAAACGUCACAAAUGCGCCAAAAUAAAACGUGGACUCGAGCUGCUCGUUCGUUGCGUUGGUCUGUUUGUCGCUGUCAGGCUAACCGGACCAAUGACUCGUGUUAUCCGACAUUAUAAAGUCACUGGGAUUUAAAUGCCGCCAACUCGGCUCCUGCACGUCACAUGACAACAGCGGUGUGUUCACAGAUGGCUGACGACAACACGGAAAAGCAAGCUUCGGCGGAGGAAGACCGAAGUGAGAAGACCGUGAGCAGUCCCGGAGACACGGAAAACCAGGUUCUGUCCAAGAGGCAGAGGAAGAAGCUCCUGAAGCAGCAGAAGUGGGAGGAAGAGCGGGAGCAGCGGAAGCAGAGACGAAAGGAGAGGAAGCAGCAGCGUCGACUGCAGAGGCAGAGUCACCAGGAGGGCGGAGAGGUUCAGAGUGCCCGCAAACGUGCGCGCAGAGAGGCCACGCCCAGCUCUCUGAGGCUGGUGGUGGACUGCAGCUUCGACAGCCUCAUGCUCAUUAAGGAUGUCCACAAACUUCACAAACAGAUCCAGAGGUGUUACGCAGAGAACAGACGAGCCUCGCAUCCAGUGCAGUUUUACCUGACGAGCCUUGGAGGACAGCUGAGACAGAGCAUGGAUGAAAAGGACAAAGGCUGGGUGAACUGGAAGGACAUACACAUUCAAACGGAGCACUACACUGAGGUGGUGUCCCAGGAGGAGCUGGUCUACCUCACCUCAGACUCUCCCAACGUGCUGACAGAGCUGGAUCCAAAGAAGGCCUACGUGAUAGGAGGCCUGGUGGACCACAACCACCACAAGGGAGUCACCUUUGAGAGGGCCAAAGAGCUGGGCAUCAGCCACGCCCAGCUCCCUCUGAGCAGCUUCGUCAAAAUGAACAGUCGGAAGGUUCUGGCUGUUAACCACGUGUUUGAGAUCAUCCUGGCGUAUCUGGAGAAAGGCAGCUGGCAGGAGGCCUUCUUUACAGUCCUGCCUCAGAGGAAGGGAGUGGUAGCAGUCGGCUGGGACGCCACAAAUCCUCCGAAAAAAGACGAUGAGACGGACUCUGAUUCUGACUCUGACCCAGAAACUACAGCUCAGACGGAGGAACGAGCUUAGCGUUGGUGCCGAGUGGACAAUACGUUUGUUUUUGGUUUUUUAAGUGACGUGAAAAUGAGAUGGUUUAGAGAAAUUUCUGUUUCUUGACCGUUUAAGUAUUUAUUGAAAAGAUUUCUGAGUUAAUGUUCGAGACGUUGGCAGUUUAGCUGUUUGUUGUUGCAGCUGAAGCUGACAGAUGCUAACCAGAGUUCACCCACAGGACGGACACUGGGUCCACUCACUCCUCUUACGAUGAUGAUGAUGACGAUGGUUCACAAUCUUCUACUUUAUACUUUUGGAGGAAAAAGCACAGAAAUGAAUAUAAGAAGGAAAAAAACAAGAUGCCAUCCAUUAAACGGGUUAAAGCGAGAGUUUGAUGCAUUUACAUGAUACAUGUUCAGGAGUUUCUGACACAGGUUUGCUCCUCAGUAACUCAAAGGUUACGGCUGUGAUAUGUUGUGUAUAAAUGUUCGUUUUGGCUGUAGGAAGUAAACCUGGAAGGUGCAGUAUC